AUGACACUGCGACAGUACGAUCAACUGACGAAACAGAUCAAGCCGGACGUUGUCAAAUACGAAAAGCUGAAAUCUAUUAUAAUCUCCAAACGCGAGAAGUACCAUCGAAGACGAACGUACGACCCUGAUGCGACGAUCGAUUUCAUCAACGAAAGAAAUCGCCGUUUCAACAAAAAACUGGACCGCUUUUAUGGACAAUACACGGAAGAAAUCAAACAGAAUCUUGAAAGAGGAACGGCGGUGUAG